AUGGAUUUCACAUGAAUGGGAAUACAGAUAUGCAUCUGUUGGUCACAGAUACCUUAUUAAAAAAAGGUAGGAGCAUGGAUCAGAAAAUCAGUCCGUAUCUGGUGUGACCACCAUUUGCCUCAUGCAGCACGACACAUCUCCUUCACAUAGUUGAUCAUGCUGUUGAUUGUGGCAUGUGGAAUGUUGUCCCACUCCUCUUCAAUGGCUGUAUUGGAAAUUGGCAUGAACUGGACCACGAUGUCGUACACGACGCUCCAGAGCAUCCCAAACAUGCAGGCCAUGGAAUAACUGGGAAAUGUUGUGAGGCUGGUUGGACGUAUUGCCAAAUUAUCUAAAACCACAUUGUAGUAUGCUUAUGGUAGAGAAAUUAACAUUCAAUUAUCUGUCAACAGUUCUGGUGGAAACUCCUGCGGUCAGCAUGCCUAUUGCACACUCCCUCAACUUGAGACAUCUGUGGCAUUGUUGUAUGACUAAACUGCACAUUUUAGUGGACUUUUGUCCCCAGCACAAGGUGCACCUAUGUAAUGAUCAUGCUGUUUAAUCAGAUUCUUGAUAUGCCACACCUGUCAGGUGGAUGCAUUAUCUUGGCUAAGUAAUAACCUUCCACCCAUGAGGCCACUAGCGGGUAAUUUGUCUGCACGAAAGCUUGAUGUGAUAACCUUCCACAGACUAUACAGUACCUAACUUUGGCCCACUGCACAAAUUAAUGAUCAAUCCUUCAAUGGCUUUUCUGCUGGGUCAUGCUUGGGUAUACACCUCCUGACCAAUGAACACUUAUUCAGUUGUUAUACAACUACAAUUGUUAAAGCAGCAAUGAGCCGUUUAAACAAUAUCAAAGCAUUCUCCCCACCACUGCUUCGGUAAAAAGCGGUUGGGAUGGGGCUAGAAUUUUUUUUACCACUCUCAAAUUCAAAGACUAAGCUAUAGAUGUCAGGACAGACCAUCCAUGAUAUCAAAAUGGUAGUUUUACCCAUGUUUUUAGGCAAUGCAGUGUUUGUUUACAUUUACUUUGUUUACAAACAUUGCAUUAAAACAAGCUUAUAUUUUGAGUUCUGAUGGGGUACAACAGUUGAACUUAGCUCCUGAGGCAUUUCCAAGUUAUGUUCUUUUAAAUACUCAAUGGGUACAUAUCAUUCAUUUCUAAGUAAAACUGCUGAUUGCCCCUUUUAACCUUUGCCCAAUUUCCAUUUGUUGCGUGUGGGUACUCUGCUUUGCUCAUUAUGCCAGUGUUGCUGCCAUGUGCACUAAUAGUUUAAGAGCAGAUCAUUUACCUCCACAAAGGACGUGGGUUAGGGAACAAAAGUCCUGUGAACCUCCAGCCUUCUUCUCAGUCAGAUAUCUAGCGCUGAGGAGCGAACAGGAAACUAGCGACAACAGAAAAUAGAGCCCACGAUGGCGUUCCCCCUGUAUGUUAGUCUGUGGAUGCUCCUGGCUGUUCACUGCCAGGCUAGAGCUGUGAAGAACUGCCACCCAAGCUGCCACUGUGAGGUGGAGAGCUUUGGCUUGUUCGACAGCUUCAGCCUGACCAGGGUGGAUUGCAGGGGAGUGGGCACCAGUCCCAUCCCCAUCCCCCUGGACACUGCCCACCUGGACUUGUCCUCCAACUCCAUGUCCCUGCUGACCGACACUAUGCUCUCUGGACCUGGCUAUACCACCUUGGUCAGCCUGGACCUCAGCAACAAUCGCAUAUCCAUGGUCAGCCCCAAGGCCCUGUCCAGGCUGCGCUACCUGGAGUCUCUGGACCUCAGCCACAACUCCCUGGAGGGCCUGGAUGAGGGCUGCUUCUCUGGCCUCCCUCUGGCUGAGGUUGACCUCAGCCACAACCACUUCCGGGAGUUUGACCUCGACAUGUUCAUCACUAAAGGUCACGGAGAGCCAAUCAACGUGGAUCUGUCCCACAACCAGCUGACGGUGGUCUCCAGGAGUUCCUCUAGGAGCCCCUUGCUACAUGUCCAGAGCCUGACUCUAGCAGCCAAUCAGCUGAGGGCCGUGCCUAAGCUCAAAGGCAUCCCGUUGAGGGACCUAAGCCUGGAUGGGAACAUUAUCUUGCGCGUUGAGGAGGGGGCCUUUGAGGACCUCAAGGACCUGGUUCACCUAUCCCUCAGUGCACUUCCUGAGCUCUUUGACAUCCAGCCGAACAGUUUCAGAGGCCUUCAGAACCUUCAGGUCUUGGACCUGUCCAACAACGCCAAGCUAAAGGCACUGAGCCCAGCUGUGUUCAGUGGACUUGUGUCUCUACAGGAGCUCAAUCUGUCCAACUCUGGAGUAACGUCAUUGCCAAAUAACAUGCUAAGUCACUUGCCAAGCAUCAAGAGUAUCACCCUGGGCCAGAAUAUCCAUUGUUGGAGGGCUCAAAAGCAGGGCCAGUUUCACAGGCAGCUUGGACAGGAACAGAAACAUGACGAGGUGCUAACCUGUGACGUUAAAGGCAUUGUGUCAUGAUUUUGUUGGGAUUAUUGCCUUCAGUAUGGACAUCUAACUAGCACAUUAGUGCUAAAACUGUGCCUUAUAUCACUAUAUGCAAAGAACACUUUUUGUUAUUGCCGCCAAACAUGAUAAUUACUAUUUGAACAGUUUUGUUUAAAUUAAAUUUGUGUUUUGCUUUUAUUCCAAAGGCCUGAGGUAUUUAUUUCAAUCCAUUGUUGAUACACUAUCAUGUCAUGCUUGCUAUGCAUAAAUCAUGUAUUUCAAUUACAGUAAUAUCCAUCAAUGCUAUUACUAGCUUGUUAUCUUCAAACCAUUUAGCUUUUCCUCUUCCAAUUUUUAAGGAGAUUUUAGGAUCUGAAACUAAAAAAAGAUACACAUUACUGUGCAAGGACCACUCUUAUGUCAGACCAAAAGGUAAACAUCUUAUGUAGAGUAUGUAGUUAUGUAUGUCUAGCAUAGGAGGCUGGUGGGAGGAGCUAUAGGAGGACAUUUACAUUUAAGUCAUUUAGCAGACGCUCUUAUCCAGAGCGAGGACAGGCUCAUUGUAAUGUCUGGCGUUGAAAAUAUGGAAUAUUAUCAAACACAUCAAACAUAUGGAAAGCACAUGUUUGACCAUGUUCCAUUUAUUCCAUUCCAGCUAUUACAAUGAGCCUGUCCUCCUAUAGCUCCUCCCACCACCCUCCUCGGAUGUCUAGUUAUCAUUUCAAUCAGAUAUUAUUGUGGACAAAUUCUCCUGCUAUCUUCCUCAGUCAUGUUUACAUGGCCUAAGACCUAGAAGCCAACAUCGCCUGUUCUGUUUCAAAGAGCUGUUACACAACGGGUUGAAAUGUGAUCUGAACAAAUCAAUGCAGAAACAAAUUCUUGAACGUCACCUAGGGGAUUUUCGCUGCUCUGUUAUUGAAUCCGUUUCCCAUGACCGUGACCAUUUAUUUCGAAACAUAAAAUUGGCUUCAGGCAGUUUAGACACAGACAUGUUUCAUCCUGUAUUUUCUUAUCUCUUGACAGAAGUGUGUUUUAACUGAAACACUAUAUGUGAUGUAUUUGAUGCAUUGUAUUAUUCACCCUACUUUGAAAUGUUAUAAAUGUCACAGCUAUUCUACAGCAUCAACUUUGGAUCUACAUUGGCCAAAAUCCUUCAGAUAUUCUGUGCAACAACAACUGCAUGUUUGAACACCUGCCUUGGUUGCUAUUCCUGUGGUGUAAUAUGGGUGGAAAGAGACAUAACUGCACUUGAACUGUUUUGAAUGUUAAACAUCUGCUUAAAGAUGUUUUAUAUUUCUUCAUCAAUAGUGUAUACACUUAGUGUACAAAACAUUAAGAACACCUUCCUAAUAUUGAAUUUCACCCCUGAGAACAGCCUCAAUUCGUCGGGUCAUGGACACUACAAAGUGUCCAAAGCAUUCCCCAGGGAUGCUGGCCCAUGUUGACACCAAUGCUUCCCACAGAUGUCAAGUUGGCUCAAUGUCCUUUGGGUGGUGGACCAUUCUGAUACACAUGGGAAACUGUUGAGCGUGAAAAACCCAGAAGCAGUGCAGCUCUUGACAGUUAAAUGUUUUGUUCUGCCCAUUCACCCUCUAAAUGGCACAUGUACACAAUCCAUGUCUCAGGGCUUAAAAAUCCUUCUUUAUCCCGUCUCCUCCCCUUCAUCUUCACUGAUUAGAAGUGGAUUUGACAAGGUACAUCAGUAAGGGAUCAUAGCGUUCACCUGGAUUCACCUGGUCAGUCUGUCAUGGAAAGAGCAAGUGUUCUUAAUGUUUUGUACAUUCGGUGUAUAACUUUGUAUAGAUGUGGAGAAUAAUCCAUCUAUUUUACAUCUGUUUACUUUACAUGAAUGUAUUAACUUUUAAUUAUUUUUAAUCUUUGUUUACUACCCUGUCCCCAACAGCCUGUGGCAUUCCACAAUUACUAGGUGUGUCUGUAUUUGAAAAUAUAUAAAUUGUCUGGGUUUCAACGCA